AUGAGGAAGAGCUGUGGCCUCAACUCCGGCCCCGGGCGGCCCUUCAACGACCGCCGGUGGCUGCUCCCCUUCCUCGCGAGCCUCCUCGUGUCGGUCACCCUCUUCCUGGCCGCCGCCUGCGGCCUCUUCUCACCGCCCUAUUUGGCCGGCGACGACGCCUUCCUCGUCGACGUCGUCUCGUUCACCGACUGGGACGAUGGAGGCUCACCGUCGCAGCGAGACAGCGGCCAGUCAGUGGAACCCGAGGCCAAGGACCCGCUGCUGGAUGACAACGACAACCCCGACAACGCCGCCGUGAACUCGGACGACUCCGACGCCGAGCCGCCCAGGCUGGCGUAUCUCCUGGAGGGCACCAAGGGCGACGGCCUGCGGAUGCGGAGGGUGCUGCAGGCGAUAUACCACCCGCGCAACCAGUACAUCCUGCACUUGGAUCUGGAGGCGCCGCCCCGGGAGAGGAUUGACCUGGCCAUGUACGUCAAGGGGGACCCGAUGUUCAGCCAGGUCGGGAAUGUGCGGGUGAUCGCCAAGGGCAACCUGGUCACGUACAAGGGGCCGACGAUGGUCGCCUGCACGCUCCACGCCGUGGCGAUCCUCCUCAAAGAAGGCUUGGAGUGGGACUGGUUCAUCAACCUCAGCGCCUCGGAUUAUCCCCUCAUGACGCAAGAUGAUAUACUUCAUGUGUUCUCGUCUUUGCCAAGAAAUCUUAAUUUUAUAGAGCACAUGCAAAUAUCUGGAUGGAAAAGGAUCCAAAGAGCAAAACCCAUAGUUCUGGACCCAGGGCUUUAUCUGUCAAAAAAGUUUGACCUUUCUACGACACCUGAGCGGCGAGAAUUGCCAACAUCUUUCAAAUUAUAUACUGGUUCUGCUUGGAUAAUGCUCACGAAAUCCUUCCUGGAGUACUGCAUAUGGGGUUGGGAUAAUCUCCCACGCACCCUCCUGAUGUACUAUGUCAACUUCAUCUCCUCUCCAGAAGGUUAUUUCCAUACUGUGAUCUGCAACUCUGAUGAGUUUCAGGGCACUGCAGUUGGUCAUGACCUGCACUACAUUGCCUGGGACUACCCUGCAAAACAGCAUCCGCUGACCCUCUCCAUGAAGGACUUCAACAACAUGGUCAAGAGUGGCGCGCCCUUUGCACGGAAGUUUCCAAAGGAAGACAAGGUCUUGGACAGGAUCGACCGUGAGCUUCUGCACCGCUCUGAAGGCCGGUUCACUCCUGGGGCAUGGUGUAAUGGGAGCUUUGAAGGAGGGGCUGACCCUUGUUUGUCUAGACAGGAAGACUCUGUUUUAGAGCCUGGUCCAGGUGCUGAGAGGCUGCGCGGCUUGAUGAAGAAGGUGCUGUCAUGGGAUUACCGCAACGGCAGCUGCUCAACUCUCUCGUACGAUCAAACAAAGAGAGACUGGUAUGUUCCCAAAAGUAAAGGAUAA